AUCUCACCUCCUCAACUCACUUCUCAUCGAUCUCCUUAGUGCUAGCUAGAUACUUACCUCGAAAUGGCAAAAUUGUGUAUUUGCAUGUUACUUGUUGUCUUUGCAUGUGCAUUCCGCAAUGCUAAUGCAGCAAGAAAUGUGCCUAAUAAAAAAGGUGACAGUGUGAGUGAUGAGAAGAAUGUUGUGAACUACAGUGGAGUUGGGGUUUACAGCGGCGUUGGUAACAAUGGGAUGCCUUUUGGUGGGAUUGGUGGUGCUGCGGGCACGGGAGGUGAUCUCGGUGGGGGCGGUGGCGGUUUACCCGGCUUAGGCGGUGCGGGUGGUUUGCCAGGGAUAGGUGGUACUCCGGGGACUGGUGCUCCUGGUAUUAGCAGUGGGACUGGCUUCCCUACUGUGGGUACUGGUAAUGGUUUUCCUGCGGUUGGUGGCUUUCCGACGAUAGGCGGUGCUGGUGGACUGCCUACUCUAGGCGGUAUCGGUGGCUUUCCGGGUACUGGUGGUGGUGCUGCUGGGGGCCUUCCGUUUCCUUGAAGUGGAGUGCUGUAGCUAGGGUUUGGUGUUUUUAGGGUUUAUGCAUGCAUGGGAGUAAUAUUUAUUUGUGUGAGCAAGCUAAUUAAGUCUAUUAGUUAUCUUGGUUUAAUUAAGUAGCUAGUGUUGAUUCCUUGGGUGUGUGAUUAAAUUGGCGAACUAGUGGUUUAAUUAUCAGUUCCUCGUUAUGAUUUAUGUAAGUGUCGUUUGUUUUCAAGAGAUGUAUCCUAUAAUUAAUCAGAUAGCAUUAUUUAUCUACUUAUGAUAAAGUUUUUAUUCCA